UUCAACUUUGUAUCCUUUUAAACCCUAACUGAAAGUGAAAUAAUGUGACGAAAAUGUUGCGUCACGUGCUUUAUUGAAGGGAGAAUUACCCAGACUACAUCCGUGCGAUCAGAUCAGAUGAACAUGGCGCAGGGCGAUCGGGCCAUCGUUGGAUUGUAAACAAGAGGAAAUUUUGGGAUAGGAUCGACAUCGUGUCAUGCACGUGUGAAAUGGUCUCAGUCUCGAUAUACUGGAUCACUUCUGCUUCAUUGAUGACUACGAAGCGACCAAUUGAGUGCAGCACAUCGAAUUGCAUUCAUAAACAUUUCUAUAGGACUUCAAACCCCUGAGCAUUCAUUGUUUCGGAUAUCUGAAAGAAAAAUCCUUGUUUUUUAACCGUGGAUUACAUCUUCGCAUGACCAAAUGGCUGCAAGUGUGAAAACGAAAAGGAGUAAUGAGCUGCCUCGAGGCGUUGAGAGGUUAAAAGAGGAGCACAGGAAGGUGGUGAAAGAUUGCAGAGCUAAAAUUGAGCACUGGAAAAAAGUGGAGAAAGACUAUGAAUGUCUCCAGGACCGCCUCAGGACCUUGCCUGACAAGUUGUCUUAUGAUAUUAUGGUACCAUUUGGUCCCUUGGCUUUCAUGCCAGGAAAGCUGGUUCACACUAAUGAAUUAACAGUGCUCCUUGGUGAUAACUGGUUUGCAAAGUGUUCUGCCAAACAGGCAGACACUCUUGUGGAACACAGGAAGAAACAUGUAAACAAAGCACUAGAAGAUUUAGAGAAAGUAAUGAAGAACUUUCAGAAUAAAGCAAACUUCACAGAUGAUCUUGAAAAAUUGGCCGGUGUGGCUGAUGGUACUGGAGAUUUUGUAGAUAUUAGAGAAGAGCUGAUAAAUGAGAAGGAAGUUACUAAAGGUAAGCAUCGACUGGCCCACAAACCCAACUCAAAACCCAAGCAGGAGUAUAUGCUGGAGCAGAAAGACAAUGGAGAAGAGGAUGGAGUGCUAAACAAAGGGGUGCUGUCUGAGGAAGAGCUGUGGGCUCGACUUGAUGAAUUGGAGCAUAUGGAGAAAAUGCAAGAUGAAAGAUACCGAUUGGACAGCACAGACACUAAUGGAGAAGACACCACUUCCUCUUCAUCAGAAGAAGAGAAGGACGCAGAUGGUGGUAGCAGUGUCCAGCUCAAUGGUCAUCAGGAGGAAAUGAACUGGUUACCCGCAUCUCAGGUGAAUGGUACUAGCGGCUUACAUCCUGAGGUGGAGGAAGAUGGUGAGGAGGAAACAGGAAACGGUCUUCCAACAAUCUACUUUUCUCACACUGUGGAGCCCAAAAAGGUAAGAAUAAACACAGGAAAGAACACCACACUGAAGUUCAGCGAGAGAAAAGAACAAAAGGAACAAGCCAAACGGAAAAAGAAAAAUGGCAAAAGUAAUGGUCACGAAAAUUACAAGAUCACAACCCCAGCAGACAUUUAUAGGGUGUUUGUGGACUUGGUGAAUGGAGAACUUAUGCCACGGAAGUCUAUUUUGAAGUCACGCAGCCGUGAGAACAGCGUGUGCAGUGACACCAGCGAGAGUAGCGCAGCUGAUUUUGAAGAGCGUCGGACCACAUUUGGUCGCACAAUGAGCCAUGAUGACGCCACACAUAGUGACACCAGCGAUGGCAUUACAGAGGAGGAUAGCCCAACUGGCAUCAGCCCUCACAUCAAUGGACGCUUUGAGGCUUUUACAGGCACAGUAAUUGAAAAGGAUCCCAUGCCAACCUCCAUUCCACACCUGACAAUCUCCCCUCCUGCUUUACCCACAAUCCCGGAGAGAAAGCUGGAGGAGCUGGGCCCAGAGGUACCUCAGGAGCCACCCAAGAGGAUGUCCAAAUUUAAAGCUACACGUUUGCAACAGAAAUGAGACCUAAUCUUGCCGGGUUCCGGCUCUACGGUUUUUCAAGUCCUCUCUUUUUGUACAGCUGUAACACUUUUGGACAUCUGAUGUUCAGCCUAACUGUCCUCUGCCUGUCAAGCUACACUUUCUCAUCUGAAUAAUGUGUUUUUCAUUCUAUUAUGCAUCCAUGACAAUUAAUUCAGUCUGUAAGUGCAAUAACAAAAUAAUAUGAAUUGAUUUACAGUUUGCUUCCUGUUAUUUUAGACCAGUAAGGACAAGUUGCAUAGUUUAUCUUUUGUGUUUAUUACUUAAAAUAAAAAAGAAAUGGCUAAAUUAAGCUAAAAUCAAAGCAAACAAAAGUAGGUUUAGUGAAAUCAUGGCUUUACCCUACUUUUUUAUCUCAUUGUUGUGAUAUAUGAUGUGUGACAUAUUUGAAAAAUGCAGCUUUUUCAAAGUUCAUUGUGAUAAUUCAUAAUAUGGACUUCCUUUUACCCACCUUGGCAUUGAUACAGCUGCCAAUUUCUGUCAGGUUUAAGAAGUAUUUUUUAUCUUGUAAGAGCUUUUUCUUUGACUCUUCUGUCAGUUUUUCUAAGGUUUUUUUCUAUUGGUUUCUGUCCAGUGUUUUGGCUUUGAGACCCUAUAGAUGUUGUAAAUGAGAAUAUUAAAAAAAUAAACUGUUUUGACAUUA